AUGGAAAGUACAGACAGCGCUAAAAUCUUUGUUGUUGGACGGGAUGGACAGGGCAAGACUUCAACAAUAGCAACCAUUGUUGGAGACAAUAGCGAAAUUUUACACAAUUCUGGGGAAAUUGAGGUCAAAUUCUCCCCCAAAAAUAACGUCAGUCUGGCAGAUGGCACGAGUGUUGGUGAGCCUUUAGAAGACCUGGUGCUAAAUGAUAUCAAAAUUGAGAAAAUAAUACACAAUGUAGAUUAUGUGAUGAACAAUGUGUUUGAUAAAUUGUUAACUGCCAUUGUGUUUGUGUUGAAGUUUGGCGUUAGGUUCACAAUGCAGGAGAAGAAAAGUUUACAAAUUGUCAAAGCUAUCUUUGGACAAGACGUGAUUAGACAACGCGGUGUUGUGGUCAUGACCUAUGGAGACAAUUUUGAUAAGGAAAAUUAUAAGACUUUUCAAGAAUGGUGCCGAGAACAGACAGGUGAUUUGAAGUCUCUGAUGGAAGAGUGUAACUACAGGUGUGUGUUGUUUGAUAACAGAGAUGGGUCAAAGCGUGAGUCACAGGUCAAAGAGUUUAUGUCAGCCGUGGCACAGAUUGAUGGUACCAUUCCCUAUGUGUAUACACCAGAUGAAGAUAGUAGAGAGAAGCUUUGUAACGAAUACAAAUCGCUAAUAAGUGGAAGUAAGGCUAAAGAAACGCAUACCACAGCGAAUAAUAAUUGGGGAACUGCCAUAUUUCAUGCAGUAUGUGUUUGUGGCGCUCCAAAAUGGGAGGACAAAACAAAACACGUGCAGUCCUGGCAUGACUAG